UUACAUUAUUACAAUAGAUAUAGGUCUAUGUUUGACGUUGUCUUUUAGAAGCUUUCAUUAAUGGUUUCUCAAUUUUAAAUUUAGGCUAAAAUAUGUUCUGUUAGAAGUCAUUGUACAAUUCGCCCUGGGAUACUAUAGCAGAUCAUUGAGGAGAUUCAUAAUAUCAGAUUGAAAAAGCUAUCAACAAAGAAAAAUAAUAUAAUAAUAACAUCAGGCUAUCUUGGCCCUUUUUCGUGAAUGUGGAAAUUAAAAUCAUAUUUCCUAUAUUUUAUGAUGUUGUGGAGGUUUUUUUUUUAUUCAUUAAGCACGAAAAAGAUAAGAAUUAUGUUUGGCAUAUUUGUUCAAACGAACUUUAAACUAUAGUCUUUUAAUUGGACAAUUAAUUUAUACAUUGGGCACAAAAUGCAUAAAUACAAGAAGAGUCCAAAUUUGGAAAUUUGUCAAUGCAUUGGGCUUUUCCUGUCUUAUCCUGACGGGUCAAUCGAUAAAAUUUUAAAGUCUUAAACAAUUGUCUCAUUUUAGGGUCUGUUGAAGGGUAUACCAAGUAAUUAAACGUUUAAACUACAAUGUUUUAUACAAAUAGAUAGAUGAUAACUUAAACAUGAAAUUAAUUCUAUGAUGCUUCUAUGUAAGUGUUUAAUUCUUGUUUUACUUGCGGCACCAUUCGUGAAGUUAGACCAUUUUCGUGGUGGUUUAUUUUCUUGGAAAGCUUUUAAUGAGACACAGAUAACAGUUCAUCACCGUUUGUCGUUUGUGUAUAAUGAAAGUUGUCCGAAUAGGAAUUCUAGUGCCACAAUUAGCUGUUUCCCUAAAGGAGGAUGUAAUGAUAAUGCAACAAUGAUAGGGCUCUGUACGCAAGCUAAUUCCACUGAAAACUGGGCAGAUAGUGAAGGCGACACCAAUUUUACAAUCACAAACUCGACAUCAACAAAUGUAUACUUUAUUGGAUAUUCGGGUAGUGCUUGGAUUUCUCUAGAAGAAUCUGCAAGUUCAUGGAGCUUACGAAUGACGGUUGACGUAUCCACAAGAACCGACACAGGAACAAUUAACCAGUCUCCUGUUUCGGCAAUGGCCUCAUCAAUCAUUGUUGGUUAUUGCAGUUAUAUCAGUAUAAUAAUACCAGUGGCGGAUUACGACGGGGACAAUGUACGGUGUCGUCUCCCCACAACAACAGAAGAGUGCGGUGAUAUCUGUAACAAGACAAGCAUUAUCAGUGGGUUUAAUGAAGAAUUCUGUGGUUUUUAUAUAGCUGGUCAUACAUUUGGAAUUUAUGCCAUGGCGAUACAAAUAGAAGAUUUCAAAAACUCUACUUCAACUUCUCCCCUGAGUAGCAUUCCUUUACAAUUCAUUAUAACAGUAACUUCUGACGGUGCCUGUUAUUUUGAACCAAUAUUUGUGUCCCCUACUCCUACAGAGGGAAAUGUCAUACAAGUUCACAACGGCUCAUUACAGUUUAAAGCAAGAGCUAGGAUAUCUGUAACACCUGAAAGUAUAUCUAGAUUUCAUAUUUUGUCACCACUUGAUUUUACAAUAUCUGCCAUCUCCUAUCCCGUGCUGUACGAAUAUGAGACAACUAUUUCAAAGACUGAUAUACUAGCUGAGGAAAUAGGAAUAUAUGUCUUGUGUUUUUCAGCAGAAUCAAACUAUAGGCGCUCCACUGGAUCACGGUGUAUAACGGUUAAUAUUACAGAUAUUGAUGAAUGUGCUGAAAAUUCUUGUCAAAACAAUGCAACAUGUGUGGACCUCAUGAAUGAUUACAACUGCAGUUGUGAGGCAGGAUUAAAUGGAACAAACUGUUAGCAGAGUAAGUAAAUUUUAAAAAAUUAAGACAAAUGAAACUAUUAAUCACUUUUCAGUGAGUACAACACUUUCAAUCGUUCAUUCUUUGAAAAAUAAUUUUAAAUCGGUAUAUUUCAUUUGGGUAUGUCUUUGCUUCAGAACAUUAAAUAUCAUUUGUAAAAGUGA